UGAAAAUAGCUUUUGUGAAACAGCGUUCGGAGUUUUCACGCAUAUCAGUGCAAUAACAGUAACACUACUGAUCGAACUUUUGUUCUUCUUCUCUUCCCCCUUUUCCUCGUUCUCGCUCUCGCUCUGUGUGUGCGUUGAAGAGUUAGGGCUGUGUUUGGAAGACAGACAUAUCAACAAGCAAAGAUGCAUUCGGGUCACUUGCUUCUCGAGGAACCUAUUCGGAUGGUCUCUAUACUUGAACCAUCCAAGCCCAGUUUCUUUCCUGCAAUGACAAAGAUCGUUGGAACAUUGGGUCCUAAAUCUCGAUCGGUCGAUGUUAUUUCUGGUUGUCUCAAAGCUGGAAUGUCUGUUGCUCGUUUCGACUUCUCUUGGUGUGACCCUGAUUAUCACCAGGAGACUUUGGAGAAUUUGAAGUCUGCUGUUAAGACUACUAAGAAGCUCUGUGCUGUUAUGCUGGACACGGUUGGUGCAGAGAUGCAGGUUGUUAACAAAAGUGAGAAGUCGAUUUCGCUUCAGGCUGACGGUCAGGUUGUUCUGACUCCUGACCAGGGACAAGAAGCCUCUUCACAGAUUCUGCCUAUCAAUUUUGAUGGACUGGCCAAGUCAAUGAAGAAGGGAGACACUAUUUUUGUUGGUCAAUACUUGUUCACAGGAAGUGAAACUACUUCUGUAUGGCUAGAGGUAGCUGAAGUUGCUGGGCAUGACGUUGUUUGUACUAUAAAGAAUUCAGCUACAUUGACUGGUGCAUUGUUCACUUUACAUGCUUCUCAGAUUCAUAUUGACUUGCCUACCCUCUCUGAGAAAGACAAGGAGGUUAUAAGAACCUGGGGAGUAAAAAACAAAAUUGAUUUUCUAUCAUUGUCAUAUACCAGGCAUGCUGAAGAUGUUCGCCAGGCCCGUGAAUUCCUUUCUGAGUUAGGUGACCUCAGCCAGACUCAAAUUUUCGCAAAGAUUGAAAAUGUUGAGGGAUUGACCCAUUUUGACGAGAUUCUGCAAGAAGCAGACGGUAUUAUCCUUUCCCGUGGGAAUUUGGGCAUUGAUCUUCCACCAGAGAAGGUAUUUUUUUUUCAAAAAUCUGCCCUUUACAAGUGUAAUAUGGCUGGGAAAGCUGCCGUGCUCACACGUGUUGUGGAUAGCAUGACUGACAACUUAAGACCAACUCGUGCGGAAGCCACUGAUGUUGCCAAUGCUGUUUUAGAUGGAAGUGAUGCAAUACUUCUGGGUGCUGAGACUUUACGUGGGUUAUACCCUGUUGAGACUAUUUCUACUGUUGGCAAAAUUUGUGCAGAAGCUGAGAAAGUUUUCAAUCAAGAUCUUUAUUUUAAGAAGACAGUCAAAUUUGUUGGAGAACCCAUGACCCACUUGGAAUCCAUUGCAUCUUCGGCGGUACGGGCAGCUAUUAAGGUGAAGGCUUCCAUUAUCAUUUGCUUCACUUCAUCUGGAAGGGCUGCAAGAUUGAUAGCAAAGUAUAGGCCAACGAUGCCAGUUCUCUCUGUUGUGAUCCCCCGACUUGAGACAAAUCAGCUAAAAUGGAACUUUAGUGGAGCUUUUCAGGACCAACUGCCAACUCAUUUGUGGGAAAGCUUAUUUACAACUAAUGCAAGGCAAUCACUUAUUGUAAGAGGUCUCUUUCCCAUGCUUGCUGAUCCCAGACAUCCUGCCGAGUCAACAAGUGCCACAAGCGAAUCUAUUCUCAAGGUUGCCCUUGAUCAUGGAAAAGCAUCAGGAGUUAUAAAGUCACAUGAUCGAGUGGUUGUUUUCCAGAAAGUUGGUGAUGCAUCUGUGGUGAAAAUUAUCGAGCUUGAAGAUUAAGUGCAUAGGCUUUUCUUUGUUGUCUUUUUUGGUCUUCGCCAAGUCUUUGGCAGUAGCAGAUCUUUCUGCUUUCGCUGUUUGAGGUUAUCUCCACCUGGGUUGGUGGCUAGUUAUAUUUUGUGUAUUGAAAAUUAAUGUUAGGUUAUUACUGGCUGUCAAACUUUAAAUCUCAGAAGGGAAUAUGCCCUUGAUGCCAAUUUUAGUUAAAUUUUAGUACAAGGACAAUUUGAAAGGAAGUUUAUUCUAUAUUGAUUGCGGAGCUAAUGAUGCUAAU